UUGAUUGUGUUGUAUGAUUGUACACGAAUUAUAUUUUAGGAAUAUCAGCCAUAAUAAGGCUGAAUUGACGUUAAAUUAGAUUAAUUAAACGUCAAAUAGUGUACUUAUUCCUUGUUAUAAAUAUAAAUUUCUUGUAUGCGACAUACAAGUUAACCUUAUAAGUGUUAUGAGAAUAUCAGUGUCCGUGCUAGAUUUUAUCGUAUUCUAGUUAAUUUUAGUCGUUAAAGAUGAGUUAUAAUUCGGGUGGGAGUGGGAGUAAGGGCUUCGGGUUCGCCGGGUUCGCGAUGCCGAAGCGAAACCCGUCUAAUGUGUCCCUACACGCCGUGCCGCCUCCGUCAUCGCAGAUGAAUGCGGUGCCGCCGCCAAGCUCCGGGCUGUCCAAGCAGGGUUACUCUACUAUGACAGCGAUAACCCAGAACGCUGUGACGGGCAACUGGGGUACAUUGGGCAAGAAACGGUCCAAGACUGAGGAUGAAUACUUUGAUGAGGAUGAUGAACCCCCAACUCCAGCGUUGGCCUACAUCCCAGCACCAGGCAGCCCAACCUAUGAGGCUGCUGCCAGAGCUAAGCAAGCGGAAGACGAAGAAGAAGAUCCUCUGGAUGCUUUCAUGGCCGGACUGGAGCAGCAAGCGGCGAAGGACCUUGUUCAGAGCAAGGAGAACGCGUGUAAGACGGACUCUGGCCGCGGCGCAAGGCAGGACAUCGACGAUAUGGACGACGAGGAGAGCUACUACAAGUACAUGGAGGACAACCCGCUCAACAACGCCGAUGACGGUUCCGACGUCGAAAUAGAAUACGAUGAGGAUGGCAACCCCAUAGCACCCCCCAAAAAGAAGUUCAUUGACCCCCUUCCCCCUAUAGACCACUCCGAGAUCGAAUAUGAACCGUUUGAGAAGAAUUUCUAUACACCUCAUGAGGAUAUUGAGAAGUUAGAUCACCAACAGGUUGAGGAAUUGAAGAAAACACUUGGAAUCAAGGUGACAGGCCCAGACCCCCCCAAGCCCGUAACCAGCUUCGGGCACUUCGGAUUCGACGAGCAACUGAUGAAGGCGAUCCAGCGCUCAGAAUACACGCAACCUACUCCAGUUCAAGCCGCUGGUGUACCCGCUGCACUCUCUGGAAGGGAUCUUAUUGGUAUUGCUCGUACAGGUUCUGGUAAAACAGCAGCGUUCCUCUGGCCAUUACUGGUCCACAUCAUGGACCAGAAGGAACUCGCGCCGGGCGACGGGCCCAUCGGUCUCAUAUUGGCACCCACCAGAGAAUUAGCCCAGCAGAUUUACAUGGAGGCGAAGAAGUUUGGCAAAGUAUACAACAUCAGAUGUGUGUGCUGCUACGGUGGCGGCUCCAAGUGGGAACAAACCAAAGCUUUAGAGGGUGGUGGUGCUGAAAUAAUAGUGGGUACGCCAGGGCGGGUCAUCGACCUUAUCAAGUGUAAAGCCACAAACCUCCGCCGUGUGACGUACCUCGUGCUCGACGAAGCUGAUCGGAUGUUCGACAUGGGUUUCGAGCCCCAAGUCCGUUCAAUAUGCAAUCACGUGCGUCCCGACCGACAAGCACUUCUGUUCUCCGCUACGUUCCCUCGCCGCGUGGAGCGGCUCGCGCGCGACGCGUUGCACGACCCCGUGCGCGUGCUGCACGGUGCGGCCGGCGAGGCCAGCGCGCUCGUGACGCAGCGAGCACAUAUAUUCAACAAGCCGGAGGAGAAAUGGACGUGGCUACUGAAUAAUCUAGUCGAGUUCCAGUCUGCGGGGAGUGUUCUAAUAUUCGUCACCAAAAAGCUCGAAGCGGAGCAAGUGGCAGCAAAUCUUGGCGUCCAGCAAUACGAUGCGUUAUUACUACACGGAGACAUGGAACAAGCUGAUCGUAACAAAGUCAUCACGGCGUUCAAACGACAGGAGGUCAACAUUCUCGUUGCGACUGAUGUUGCUGCGCGCGGUCUGGACAUCCCACACAUCCGCACUGUCAUCAACUACACCGUGGCGCGCGACGUGGACACACACACGCACCGCGUCGGCCGCACCGGCCGCGCCGGCGUCCGCGGCGACGCCUACACGCUGCUCGACCGCGCCAAGGACAAGGACUUCGCUGGACACUUGCUUAGGAACCUGGAGCAGGCUCAACAGGAGGUCCCUGAAGAUCUGAUGCAGCUAGCGAUGCAGUCCGCGUGGUUCCGCAAGUCGCGCUUCAAGAAGGGCAAGGGCAAGAACCUGAACAUCGGGGGCUGUGGACUUGGAUAUAAGGAGCGGCCAGGGCUACCAGCGCAUACAGACGAGCCGACAGUAGCGCCCCCUACUGAAAAGACUGGCGGACCCGCUACGGACCGUCUUUCGUCACUCAAGCAGGCUUUCCGCUCGCAAUACAACCAGUUCACGGCGUCGUCGGACCACUCUUGGGAGCAGACGCUGGCGAGCAGCAUCCAGCCCGGCGUCAACGCGCCGGCGCGGCAGGAGGACCGCGUGCGCAGGAGCGGCAAGCGCAGCCGCUGGGAGUAGCGCAGGGGACUGUUCUCGGACCCAUGUUCUUCCUCGUUCGCUUUUAGUUUGGAGAAGCGCAAGGGACUCUCGGACCGACAUUGUUCCUAGUUUAUUUUGGAAUACCACAAGGCAAUAUGGGAUCGCUACCGCUAUUAUUCCUCUUUUAUUUUGGAGUACCGCAAGGCAAUCUUGAACCGACAUUGUUCCUAGUUUGUUUUGGAGUACCACAAGGCAAUCUUGAACCGCUACUGUUCCUCGUUCCCACUUGUAUCAGAGUACAAGGCGACAUCAGCAACAAUGGAUCGGGAGUAUUCCUCGUUGACGUUUAUCUCUGAGUACCACAAGGCAAUAUGUGACCGCUACUGUUCCUUGUUAAUGGCUGUCGCUUAAGGAACUAUUCUUGGGCAUCUAAGUUACUCCCAGAAUUUCAUUAAUUACUUGAAAAAUAAUGAGAUCAUUCACAAAUGAAUUCCGAUUGUCAGUCUUAUGAUAAUUGCGCAACGGCGGCAAGAGCAGCCGCUGGGAGUAGCGCAGGGUUCUGUUCUCGGACCGAUAUUAUUUUUCCUCGUUUCUAUUCUUGGGCUGAUAUUGUACUUUUAGGCUGUAACUUUACGUUUCCAUUAAUUAAUUCAUAAAAAAUGUGUUUACCUCAAGCCAAUAUUAUUAUUUAUUUAUUUUUCACCUCACAAAGGAUACAUUUAACAAUUAGUAUUAUAUAGAGCAAAGGCAAAUUCGAUAAUAUUGGACUGCUAUUGUUUGAAUGGUAGACCACAGGCCAAGCUAAAAUGGCGUCUCAUUGGCUAGGCCCCCAUACAUUCUAAGAGCGCCAUCUAGUAACCGUUUUUUUAUCCUUAUCACUAUUAUAACUUUUUAGUAAUUGACAACCAUUGGUGAUUCUAACUUUUAAAUUCACAUAUGAACACGGUUCUUAUAGUACUUCCUAAUAUGCAUGGAAUGGGUUAAAGACACAUCACCAAUUUUGUUAUUAAUUCUCGAGUUAAGAGUGGCAAUGUUAUGUGAAAUUGUGAAUUAGGACAACUUGCAAAUUAUAUCAAUCUCAAGUCGGACUGUUUUCUAAAAUUGUGUAUGUUGAGUUUGUUUUUUAGAGUUUCGUUUCUUAAAUAUAGAGCAUUCUGGUAUUUAUAAUGUACUAUUUAUCCAAAAAUAAUGGGACUAACUAGUAUUUUUUUAAGUAAAAUUAUAUUAUUUCACGUUUUAAACAAUUCUGUUAAUAUAUUGUUGGUUUUUUUUCAUGUUCGGAUGAAUAUAAUUAUAACUUCUAUGAGUUCCAUAACUACAUGGUUUAUGAAAUAGGUCCAGAGUAUUAGCAUACUUAAUUAAAGUGGAACCUGGAAAAUAAAUUUAAAACAAUGAAAUUUUUAACUUAUUGUAUUGUGAUUUUCGAUAGUGGUUAUCGCAUGGUCGUUCGAAACUGUAACCUAAAAAUAUUAAAAUAAGGCACAUAUUUGAUAGGUAAGUUUUAAACUAAACUUUGCAAAGAUAUAAUUAUAUUAAAUGAAUUGAUAUACAAAAUAGAGUGGGUUUAUAAAAUAUUAACUCACAGUACAAAAUUAAUAAUCCUCAAACUAUGAAAGGUAAUUUUGAUAUUCGGUAGUUUAGUCUAGGCCUAUGUCUACAGAUGUAGAAGUUACGGAAAGUUUAAAAGUUCUAGGAAAUUUUAGGAAAAUUUAAAGGAAACAUGGGUAACUUUCAUAAUGGAAAGGGAAAAUUAUGAUUCCCAUACAAAACAUCAUUGUUUUGUAUGGGAAUCAUAAGUUUUCGAUUUUAUCAACGUGGAAAUUUCGCGACUUUGGUGGCUUUGACGAUACAUCAGACGCGUAGGUCUAGAAAUUGUAGCACUUUCUCUGUAAAAAAAGAAAAUGGUUAAAUCCGUGCUAGAUUUAUGCCAACACGAUUACCUAAGGAAUUUAUUAAAAACGGUACAACGAUGCCUUAUAUGUGGGCUUGUGUAUAACAUUGUAAUAUCGUAGGACACAAAUUGUAUGUGAUGUGAAUGAAUUGUUAAUUUAACUCUUAUGUAAAUAAUAAUAAAGUCCUAUUUCAAGUGA